CUAACUAUGAUACAAGUUCAUACAACAAAGUGAUUGGAUGGCUAUGACUAAUAUUAUUGGAUAACUAAUAAUAUUAUUGACGAUAUUUGAUUUCGUGAUCGAAGAUUAGGUCUGGAAAGAAGACUACCAACAUUUUUUAUCCAAAUUAUAUUUGCUUUAUUUUGGAUGCCGUGUCGUCAUCGUUGGAUAUCUAUUAUUUAAGGUUCCCAUCGCGCUAUUUCGAAGAUGACGGUCAGGCAAGAUGAUAUGAUCUUGUUAUAAGCACCAAAGAAGAUUGUAAAAAAUAAUGUAAGAAUGACUGAACUCAAGGAAGAUGAUAAUGUUAUGAUGUCCCAGGCUGAGGACAGCGACGUAACUUCAAGCUUUACGGAAAACAAUAAUAGCGCUUCGUCCCAAAAUAAACAAGCCCAGUCAGUUAAUAAACAGAAAGAAGUUGAAGAUGAACUCCAAGAAAAAGGCAUUCAAAACGAAGAAUGUGAUGGCGGUAUUGAGAAAAAGAAAGAGGCAAGUGGAAGCAUAAAUGUCUGUGAAGAAAGAAAACAAUUUUGGGACGAAAUAAGAAAGGACGUUGAACGUGGUGAAAACAAAAAAGAUCUUUGGAAGAUGACAAUUCUGUGCCGUGCUUUUCAGUUUAGUCCAGUAGAUCAAGUAGAUGCGCUAGAAAUUGUAAAGUAUUUGGUUGAAAAUGGCGCUGAUGUAAAUGGAUAUGCUAUUGACAGAAGGACUGCUUUUGAUUGGAACGCUACUGACGGAUGGACAGUGCUGCACGUUGCAGUUACUAAAUGUACGUUAGAAAUCGUGAAUUAUCUAGUUGAAAGCGGCGCUGAUGUAAAUGGGAAGGCUACUGACGGAUGGACAGUGCUGCACGUUGCAGUUACUGAAAGUACGUUAGAAAUGGUGAAAUAUCUAGUUGAAAACGGCGCAGAUGUAAAUGAAAAGGAUAUUAUCGGGAAGACAGUGCUGCACUAUGCUGUUACUAGAGAUGCGUCAGAAAUGGUAAAGUGUCUUGUUGAAAAUGGCGCUGAUGUAAAUGGAAAGGCUACUGACGGAUGGACAGUGCUGCACGCUGCUGUUUCUAAAGAUGCGCUAGAAAUUGUAAAGUAUCUUGUUGAAAAUGGCGCUGAUGUAAAUGGAAAUGCUACUGACGGAUGGACAGUGCUGCACGCUGCUGUUUUUAAAGAUGCGCUAGAAAUUGUAAAGUAUCUUGUUGAAAAUGGCGCUGAUGUAAAUGGCAAUGCUACUGACGGAUGGACAGUGCUGCACGCUGCCGUUUUUAAAGAUGCGCUAGAAAUUGUAAAGUAUCUUGUUGAAAAUGGCGCUGAUGUAAAUGGAAAUGCUACUGACGGAUGGACAGUGCUGCAUGUUGCAGUUACUGAAAGUACGUUAGAAAUGGUGAAAUAUCUUGUGGGAUAUGGCGCUGAUGUAAAUGGAAAGAAUAAUAACAAAUAUACAGUCCUAGACACUGCUGUUAAAAAGGGGUGGCUAGAGAUGGUAAAAUACCUUGUUGAGAAUGGUGCUGAUGUAAAUGGUAAGGGUCUUGAAAGUAAAAUUAACGCUUCUACACUUGGUACUGAUAUCCUAAAGAUAGCUGUUGUGAACAAUUCAGCUGUUUUGGUCAACCUUUUGUUGAAAAAGAACGUUACUGUGCGGAGAGCUCAAACAUUUCUUGUUAAAGGCAGACAGAUGAGUCUUCUUGAAUGGAGUGUUCGCUUUGGUCAUGAUGAGAUUGCAACUAUCCUCAGGCGCUCCGUUAAACAUCGUGAGAAAAUUGAAAUUUUGAAAACAAAGAAUUGCAAUAAGUUAGACAAGAUUGGCAUUCCGAUGCAGGCUUUUGUCGCCGACAAGCAAUUCAGAAUUGGCGAUGGUGGAUAUUCAAGUGUCUAUGUUGGUCUCAUGGAGGAUGGGACUGAAGUUGCUGUUAAGAAAAUGCUGGUACAAAAGUGUGAUAAAAUAGCUGAAAACGAAAGGGAAAUUAUGGAUCUUAUUAAAACAAGCGACUCACCAUUUAUAGUGAGUUAUCGACAUUUUCACCGUGACGAUACCUUCAUAUAUCUUAUUCUUGAUCUUUGCGAAGAAACCUUAAUGGAACUUGUUCAUGCAUCCAGUAUUGAACAUCUACAAGAGCGUGGUCCACGAAUGAUUAAGGAAAUUCUUUCAGGACUUGAAUUUCUUCAUGGUAAAAGAAUAUUGCACAGAGAUCUAAAACCAUCAAACGUCCUGGCUGAUAUCGAGGGUCGCGUGAAAUUGGCAGAUUUUGGAUUAAGCCGCGUUCUAAAAGACGAUGAAACUACAGUUGAAACAGAUGCUAAAGGCACUCACGGAUGGAUGCCAACAGAAGUAAUUGAAGCAAUAGACAAAGAAGAAAAAGGUUUGAACAAAUGAAAAAUAUUUUGGAAGGAAACCCUGUGAAUUUGAAGAAACUUGGUGAUCGUAAAGCUCGAAAUUUUGUGUCGUGGCUGAUU